AUGCAGCUGGGCAGUCUCGUUCUCGCAUUCUUCGUCUGCUCGAGUGCGGCGCUGUCGCCUCGGCACGCAAGACGAGAGGCAAACGCACCGACGCCAGAGGAAUUGCAGAAAGCCGCCGACAGGCAAUCGGAAAAGGUGCAGCAUGAUUACAAUGACGCCAUGGAUCGCUUGCGUCUGUACGCAAGGCCUCGCUGGCGAGACUAUCUAAACGAGGGCCAGGUUGACUCGGCUCUCGGACAACUGGCCAACACGUACGGCAUGGGCUGCGUCGGAGAGAAGGAAAGCACCACCAUGACCUGCAAGCCACGGCUGGAAACACCAAACGGCAGACAUUUGCAUCAGAUUUACAACCUAACCGUUACCGUCGAACUCUUGCUCAUGUAUUUUGCCGGAACUUCGAGUACCAUUUAUGCUUACUUUGGCGACAAAGACAUCGUCCAUGAUGAGGAUUUAAAGCAGCUUACUCCCAUCUUCUCAAACCACAAAUGGGCGCCACCGAGACUGUUGAUAUACCGUUGGCCCAGGUGUUCGGCACAAAGCAUCAAGUUGAAGGCCAUUCAUGCGAGCUCUCGCAUGCCCUUGGUGAACAACCAAUACGAGUUUUUCCCAGGAGGGUUGCUCGGUUCCUAUAGGGAAGAAAAUGGCAAGCAGGCAAAAUACAACGUCGAGUGGUCGGGAGAGUUAAAUUGGGACAGCUGGCAGCAAACAUUUGACAGCAAACGCAACGGUCGCGAGAGAACAUGGCUGGAGAAGCACGACAAGUACAUGUCUGACGUCAAACAUACUGGAUCGCCACGCUGGGAACUGAUACGAGAUGCCAAGCUCGAAAAGGCAAUCGAGGAACUGAGCUCCAAGUAUCGCAUCGACUGCGAUGGAACCGAUUCGGGCAUGGACUGCAAGCCGAAAGUCGAAUCCGCCGUGGUGGGUAGGAAUUGGCACCAGUUCACCAACAUGACAAUCGAUGCGACGAUUCAAAACUGGCCCACGGCGGGGACGGACAGCAAGAUUUAUGCCUACUUUGGCGACAAAGCCUCAUCCACGAUGGGGACAUGGAUCAACUUGUCCCCCUCUUCGACGCCCCAGCAUGGCAAAACCGUUCGCGUCGAUGUCAAGGUACCCCUCGUUUUUGGGACCGACAAGCCUGACCUUCUGGCCCUUCGAACCUUCAAGAUCGUGCAGUCGCCGGCCGCCGACGACGAUUUCUCCAUCGGCGGCAUCACCUUUCGCGUCACCCAUGCCGCGUCUGGCAUGAAAAUGGUCAACACCCAGUACAACGUAUUUCCGGAUUGGCUCGGCACCGAGGUGAUGGAACACGGCAAGCAGGCGAAAUACAACAUCGAGUGGACCGGAGCCUUGGACUGGGACCAGUGGCAUACGAAGUUCGGUGGUGGUCGUAGCCAAGAAGAGUUCCAACGGGUCGAAGAUGCCCUCAACGAAGCCCAAUACCCGUGGCAGUGGGCGCCGUGGGACUCGAUGCGCAACAGAAUGCGUGAGAUUUCGCGCAAAUCCAAGGGUGCCGCUUGA